UACAUAAACAUGAUUCAUAGGGCAUUCACUGGAAUUGAUAGCCUUGGCAGUGCAGCUUUUAAAUUCUGCAAAUGCGAAGGUGAAAACCAAAACAAACUCAAAAGUUCGGGCCAAACGGAGUUGUUGGUUUUAUAGCCCGAGUUAAAAAAAGGGUACUUUGAGUGGGCCAAUAUUUUAUCGGUGCCGUUUUUGGCCAAUUGCAACCCAAAUCUCAAUUCUACUUACUUAAGUAGCUGUAAUUUUGCUUAUUAGUAGCUUUGUACACGCGGGACGUUGAGAAUUAAGAACUGACCGGACAUCUAAACAAGUGCAAUAAUUUGAUUUUAUUCUUGAUAUUAUUCUAAAGAUAAGCCAAACUAAAUCCAAGAAUGAGUUUUAUGCCGGAUUCCGAUAGCGAGGAUGAACUUCCGCCAGGAUGGGAGGAACAGGCCACAGAAAAUGGUUACGUUUGCUACAUCAACAAACAAACGAAUGUGGCUCAAAUGACACAUCCCCGUACCGGUCGGUCAAAGCGUAUGACCACAGAAUUGCCUUUGGGUUGGGAGAAACGUUUCGAGGAGGGAACACAAAAGACCGUGUUUUUCAACACUUUGACUAAUCAAACAACUCAUAUUGAUCCACGUUUGGCAUUUGCUUUGGAGGAGCCGCCCAUGAAUAUAUCGCAAGUACGCCAGCGUUUCGAUGGCAGCACAAAUGCCUUGCAAGUGUUACAUGGCAAGGAUUUGCAUGGCCGCUUGGCUGUUAUAACAGGAGCUAACAGUGGCAUAGGCUAUGAGACAACACGCUCCUUGGCAUUUCACGGUUGCGAUGUAAUUAUGGCCUGUCGCAGUCGGUCUUCAACGGAAGAUGCCAUCGAACGUAUUGCUAAGGACAGAGCAGUCUGUCGUAGCCGUCUACGAUGGAUGCAAUUGGACUUGAGUUCAUUUAAAUCUGUUUGCAAUUUUGUUGAGGAAUUAAAACGCAGUGUGAAGCAUAUUGAUAUGCUGAUAUUAAAUGCCGGUGUCUUUGCUUUACCUUAUACUAUAACUGAGGAUGGUCUGGAAACUACAUUCCAAGUUUCGCAUUUAUCUCAUUUUUAUAUAACGCAGCAACUUGAUUCAUUAUUUGAUCAUAAUACACGCAUUGUUGUGUUAUCUUCGGAGUCGCACAGGUUUGCCAAUUUACCAGCGGAUAAUUUGACUGCUCAACAUUUGUCGCCUCCACCGGAGAAGUAUUGGAGUAUGAUGGCCUACAACAAUGCAAAAUUGUGCAAUGUUUUGUUUGCAAAUAAAUUAGCUAAGCUUUGGAAGCAUCGCGGUAUAUCUGUGUUCUCUGUACAUCCCGGCAAUAUGGUCUCUACACAAAUACAGCGUAAUUGGUGGUUCUAUCGUUUGCUGUUUGCCCUAGUUAGGCCAUUCACAAAAUCACUGCAACAAGCUGCGGCUACUAGCAUCUAUUGUGCCACGGCCAAUGAACUUACCGGCCUUACAGGUCUCUAUUUCAACAACUGCUACUUCUGUGAGCCAAGUAAACUGUCGCAGAAUGAGAAGUUACAAAAUCAGCUAUGGUCCAUAAGCGAAGAUAUGGUGAAGCUUUUGAGGGAGCAACAAAAUGAUCCAUUGGUGUAUUAAAAAUAGUACAAACUCCUGAUUCUUAUAUGGAGGAAAGCAUAAAGUAGAACUAAGUUUACGACGCAGCAUUUUUAUUGUCUUAUAGAUUUCCUUAUGUCUUUACAGAGAAAACUUGAUUGUAGGUUAUUUUUGAUCUAUUUUAAUUGGUUGAUGAUAAAAUUACAAUAAAAUUAAAACAAAUAUUAUAAA